AUGCACAAAGUGGACCUACCGCUGGAGAGCAAGGAGGCGGCUGCCCUUGAGGCGCGGAGGGAGCGAGAGAAGCAACGGCUGAGCCGCAUCUUCAACGCACGCCACCGCACCAUGGGGGUGGACGUGGAAGCCCUGCGGAGUCAAGUGGAGGAGCGGAAGCUGAGAGAGGAAACGGAGAAACGCCGGGAUGAGACCUAUGACGCCGAGCGGGUGCUGUGCGACCGGGUGGCGCAGAUGCUGGAGGAGGAGGAACGUCAGCGGGUGCGGCGCCUCCACCAGGCCGUGCAGGAGUUCCGGGAGCGGGAGCAGCCACCCCCCACCCGGCGGGAGUGGGACCUGUACAACCCCGAGGGGCUGCGCCGGGACCAGCCGGCCCGGGUCAGCGACUACGACCCCCGCUGCGGUCCCGCCAGCCUGCAGCGCUUCGCCGGCGAGGACCUGGCGCUGCCCACCCGCCGUCGGCUGCAGCAGGAGCAGCAAUGCCACAGCCUGGAGGACCAGCGUGCCGAGCGGCAGCGGGCCCUGGCCGACACCAAGUAUGCAGACACGCUGGAGGAUAAGAAGCGAGUGGAGCUGGAUCUGCGGGCACAGCAGCUGGCCCAGCUGGAGGAGGAAUGCCGCCGCGCCAAGGACCUCGCCACGGCCGACUACAACCGGGCCCAGGCGGCAGAGGCGGCGGAGCAGCACCGGCUGGCGUGUCAGCGGGAACAGGACGACAACCAAGCCGAGAUCCACAACCACCUGACGGGGCAGCUGCUGACAGAGGACCCAGCCGUGGCCGAGAGCCCGCUGGGCCCUCACCGUAUCCUCACCGACCGCUGGAAGGGCAUGAGCCCCAAGCAAGUGGAGGCCGUGUGGAAGGCCCAGGAGGAGCAGCGGCAGGAGAACCAGAGGCUGCGGGAGGCAGAGCGGCAGCGGGAGGCUGAGUGGGAGGUGCAGCGGCAGCUGGCAGCCCGCGCAGCCAUGGCGCUGGAGGAGGAGGAGCGCCUGGCCCGGCUGCAGCUGAGGAAAGGCCUGGAUGCCUACAACCAGCAGCUGGCGCAGGAGCAGAGGGCACAGCAGCAGUACCUGCAGAGGGAGGUGUACACCAAUCCGCCCAGCGCCCAGUACCACCUGCAGUUCAAUACCAGCAGCCGCUAG